AUGAGGCUUUUCGGUUGGGUGCAAGAUAAGCUUCAUGGGAAGCAGGGGAACAAGAAACCAAAUACAGCUUCGACUAGUACCCAUCAUGUAAAACCAGAGCCUCGUGAAGAAUUCAGUGACUGGCCUCAUAGCUUACUAGCAAUCGGAACUUUUGGGAACAACAAUUUGAAAGAGAGUACUGAUUAUCAAAGCCAACAUAUUCAGGAAGAACCAUCUUCAUCAGACGAAAUACUAGAAAAUUUCACUCCUGAAGAAGUUGGUAAAUUACAUAAAGAGCUAACGAAGCUCUUGACACGAAAACCAGACAUUGAAAAGGAAAUUGCAGCUCUUCCGUUGGACAGAUUUCUAAAUUGUCCAUCAAGCCUGGAGGUUGAUAGGAGAACAAGCAACGCGCUUUGCUCCGAUUCAGAUGAUCACAAGGAUGAAGAUAUUGAGAAAACCAUUAGUGUUAUACUUGGGAGAUGCAAAGACAUCUGUGCAGAUAAUAACAAGAAGGCGAUUGGGAAGAAAUCAAUUUCUUUUCUUCUCAAGAAGAUGUUUGUUUGUAGAAGUGGGUUUGCACCAGCACCAAGUUUGAGAGAUACAUUUCAAGAGUCAAGAAUGGAGAAGUUCUUGAGGCUAAUGCUUAACAAGAAGAUCAUCAAUCCGCAAAAUUCUUCUCGAGCAUCAUCAAUGAAGAAGUACCUGGAGGAUACUAGACAAAAUCCAACCAAGAAGGGAAAUAACAAUGAAGAAGAUAAAAAAGAGAAAAUCAAUGAUGGAUGUAAAUGGGUGAAGACUGAUUCUGAAUAUAUAGUCCUAGAAAUUUGA